GUGCAAAACUCGAAUAGUUUUUAUUCAGUUUUGUAUUUUCAUUGAAAAUUGAGUGAUUCCAAUAAUCCAACUAAAAUAAAAGUAAAAUGAAGUUCUUGAUCCUUUUAAGUGCCAUCUUUUGUCUCUCAGCCAUCACUGCUGCUCCAACUAAAGAACCAACUCCACUUGCUAAAGCCGCUGCCGAAUAUAAUAGGAAACAAAUUAAUGAAUGGGAAAAAAAGAUUCCUGGUUGGGAUCCAAAAGCUUCACUUCGAUCAAAUCUUUUAGCUCUUCUCUCAAAACCUUUUGACAACAAUAUGGUUCCUGCAUGGAAUCCUGAUAUCAGUGCCAAGGAAAAUGCUGAAAAGUACUUUGCUCUUAUUGACGUCGAAGGCUUAGCUAGAAAUAAAUCUGUUGUUGAAAAUCUGGGACUGAUUGUUCGCAAGUACUUCGAUAAAUUGCCAAUUCCAAGUUUGUACCCAAAAAAUGAACUGGAAAAAGAGAUUGUCGAGAAAAUGACUGCACUCAUCACAAAAGUCAAUUCUGAUCAUAACAUUACCUCUGAGACUCUUGAUCAAGCUUUUAAUACUUGGCUCAACAGUCUUGCUGAUGUUAAAGUUUCGGAUCCUAAAGACUUCAUCAAAAGCACUUUAGAUGCAAUUUUUGCUAAAAUUCCCUUCCCUGGCUUCAGUGGUGACAAAACUUUGGAUGAUAUUGUUUUUGAACUAAUUGAAUUAAUGUUUGAAAAAAUAGAUCUUUGAAUCUGCAUGUCUACAUGAAAUUUUAUUCAAAAUAAUGCUUCAAUAAAUAUUAUAUAAUUUAAGCAUACAAUAAA